AUGAAUGCUUUUCAAGAGACUCCAAGUCAAGCUGAUGCCUUCUUGAAGCUGGGUUAUCCUUAUGGUACAGUUGUGGUCUAUGAUCAGUUUUCUUCAAUUCAGUUUGCUUAUCUUCAUGGUAGUUGCACUAACAGUGCUGUGGCUUGCAGUUACUUGCCCUUUGUAUAUGUCUCGCUGGAUAUGCUCAGUGCAAAUUGGAGUUUUGCAGAUGUUCGAAUUAACCCAUCCCAAUCAAAGGUUUGCCAGUCUUAUGAAAUCGCCGAUGUCUGUAUAUUCGUACUCAGAGCAUUUGCAGCAUGGGAACGGAUGAGGUGGUUCGCCAUAUUCCUAUUUGUUAGUGUUAUUUGCCAAUUUUCAUUUACAUCAGGGAAGUUUGGUCAGCCUCUGGGGAAUGCUGGAUUCUUGGUGCUUUCGGACAACUGCAUAUGA